GAAAUGGAGUGUGGGAACCGAUCCCAGCUGACCCAUUUCAUCCUGGUGGGGCUCCCAUAUCCCCCAGAGCUGCGCAUUCCCUUGUUCCUCUUCUUCCUCAUCAUCUACCUGUUGACGCUGUGUGGGAACCUGCUCAUAUUGCUGGUGGUGGCCCAGGAGCGCCGGCUGCACAAGCCAAUGUACUGGUUCCUCUGCCACUUGUCCUUCCUGGACAUGACAGUCUCUUCAGUAGUGGUGCCCAAGGUGGUGGCUGGCUUCCUGUCGGGCGGCAGGGCCAUCUCCUUCCAGGGCUGCGUGGCCCAGCUCUUCUUCUUCCACUUCCUUGGCUGCACCGAGUGCUUCCUCUACACGGUUAUGGCCUAUGACCGCUUCCUGGCCAUCUGCAAGCCAUUGCACUACAGCAUCAUUAUGAACCACAGAGCCUGCCUGUGCCUGGCAGUAGUGACCUGGUUAGGGGGCUCCCUGCACUCCACCAUACAGACCGCGCUGACCUUCCAGCUGCCCUAUGGCAAAGAGAACAGGGUGAGAUAUAUCUUCUGUGAUAUCCCGGCUGUUCUGAAGCUGGCCUGCGGGGACACGGCACUCAACGAGCUGGUGACAUUUGUGGACAUCGGCUUCCUGGCCUUCACCUGCUUUCUUCUGAUCUUGUUGUCCUAUGUCUACAUUGUCUCAGCCAUCCUGAGGAUCCACUCGGCCGAGGGCAGGCGCCGGGCCUUCUCCACCUGCAUGGCUCAUGUCACCGUGGUGGUGACCUACUAUGUGCCCGGGUUCUUCAUCUACCUGAGGCCAGGAUCCUGGCACCCACUGGAUGGUGUGGUGGCUGUAUUCUACACCAUGGUGACCCCGCUCCUCAACCCCCUCAUCUACACGCUGAGGAACAAGGAGAUGAAGGAUGCCCUGAUGAGACUGGGAGGCAGGAAACUGCCGGGCCCUGAGCUAUGA